CAAUAAUUGGAGACGAAACCAUUGACGUCGCCGGAAUCCAUGGAGUCUAUCGGAGUACUCAUGACUUGUCCAAUGAACGCCUACUUGGAACAAGAACUCGACAAGCGAUUCAAGCUCUUCCGCUUCUGGCACUUUCCUCAGGAGCACACCUUCCUCAGCGAACACUCUGCCACAAUCCGCGCCGUCGUCGGAAACGCCUCCAUCGGAGCAAACGCCAAUCUCAUCGACGCUCUACCUUCCCUGGAGAUCGUAUCUAGCUUCAGCGUCGGCCUGGACAAAGUCGAUUUGGCUAAGUGCAAGGAUAAAGGAAUUAGGGUUACAAACACGCCGGGCGUGCUCACUGAAGACGUCGCCGAUCUUGCUAUAGGCCUGAUGAUCGCAUUGCUGAGACGACUCUGCGAAUCCGAUCGGUACGUAAGAGGUGGAUUAUGGAAGAAGAAAGGAAACUUCAAAUCAACCACAAAGUUCAGUGGAAAAUCAGUUGGGAUUAUCGGACUGGGGAGAAUUGGAUUGGCGAUCGCGAAGAGAGCCGAAGCAUUCGGUUGUCCGAUCAGCUAUUACUCAAGAUCGCCAAAAGCAACCUCAAACUACUACAAAUACUACCCAACCGUGGUGGAUCUGGCUUCGAAUUGUGAGAUUCUGGUGGUGGCAUGCGCCUUAACAGAAGAGACUCGACAUAUAAUCAACCGUGAAGUAAUUGAUGCAUUGGGGCCGGAGGGGGUGGUUAUAAACAUUGGGCGAGGACCGCACAUAGAUGAGGCGGAGCUGGUGUCUGCGUUGGUGGAAGGUAGAUUGGGUGGAGCAGGGCUGGACGUGUUUGAAAAUGAACCUGAAGUGCCGGAUCAGCUGUUUGAGUUGGAAAACGUGGUUCUAACUCCUCAUGUGGGAAGUGGAACGAAUGAAACUCGAAAAGCCAUGACUGAUCUUGUGAUUGGAAACUUGGAAGCUCAUUUUUUGAACAAACCAUUGUUGUCUCCUGUAGUUUGAUCUAAUUGUGAGUAAUUCUUUCUAAUCUGUAGUCAGCCAUUUGCUUAAUUAUCCAUAUAUGAUUUUUGGGUUAUAUUAAUUUGUGUUUGUGUUUGUAACCCUUGAGAAAUCCCUUCCGUAGCUUAGCAUGUGUUUGGUGGACAUGUGGCAAUACGGAGGGUCGGGGUGGCUCGAUGUUCGAUUCAACCU